AUGGCAGGAAAUAGCAACGCACCAGCAGCAGGACCGGCAACUCCGCGCCCACCUGCAAGACAAGCAAGACCAGUCGAUCAAGACAGUGACGAUGAACCCGACGAACAAACUCAGCAAAGAUUCACCACGUUGGAAAGAGUCAUCGAUCAAAUGAAUGAACACAUUCAAAGACUGCAAGCUGCGGUCGCUGAAAGAGACGAUCAUGUCAACCAACUCGAAGCUCAAGUCAUGGCUAUACCACCUGGCGAAGCUGGAACAGCCGGCAACAGGGUCAAGCUACCAAAACCCAUGACCUUCGACGGAACUAGAUCUAAGUUGAAGACAUUCUUGGUCAACAUGGAAAUGCAUAUCGAAGCCAACCAGAUCACCAAUGACAAAAAGAAAAUGAUCUUUGUGGCAUCAUGCUUUACCGAUGCAGCAGCAGAAUGGAUACAGCCUAUGCUAAGUGAAUUAUACACUAUCGACAAAGGUAGUUGGGGAACUAUCACCAGGGAACUGUUUUCGAACUACGGCAUGUUCAAACAGAAACUUGGAGAAGCGUUCGGAAAUAUCGAUGAGCUACGGACCGCAGAAAGACAACUAAGAUACCUACGACAAACCGGAUCCGCUCAGCAGUUAGCAAGAACAACCAACCUCAGAAAAGACGCCGCAAGAGCGAUCAACCAAGCAAAUGAAACAAUCAGACUGUUCCAGAAACGACCACUAAUCACAAAGAAAGAAUGGGAUUCAGUCUUAGGAACCAACACGACGGUUCCAGGAACAAGAAUUGAGAUUCCAGAAACAAGCAAAGAAGAACUGGAAACAGACAGUGAAGACUCCGAAACAACAGAGGAAUUCCCUGAAAUCGACUACAAAGAACCAAAACGAGAAUGCAGUUGCAAACCACCCAAACCAGUAUGUUGGGAAGACUCUAUUCAGACAUACCGACAACACAUCCUUGAAUGCGAAGAAUGCCACGAGUGGACAUUUCACAAAUGCGAUAUGCACGGGAAAAAGAACAUCGCACUCGCAAACGAAUUCGAAUACGUCUCACUCACCAAAGGAACACGGUUGUGCCACCCGAUGCUUGGGCAUACCGAAAGAUGUUCAUGCAUGUACUACCCACAAUAUGGAGGACACCAUCACAAGAAAAUACACUGGACGCAAUGCUAUGAGUCAAAAUGUCCGACUCACCUCGAAGAAAAGGAAAAGAACAAAUGGAAGCCAACGGCACCGAUGAUCAUCUAUCAACCCAUCCCGGACUGUCCGAAGGGCUGGAACGAAUGUUGGUGCUACGCAGAAGAAAUUUGGCAUCCUUUCCAUAAUAGCAUCGAAACUGACCAGUGCUACGCGAAAAAAUGUCCAUACCACGAAGGACGAGUCAUCUACACCGAUGAAGAUUGGACCGAAAUUGUUCUAUCACAGAAACGAUACCUUGAAAGACACAGAAAGGGACAUCACCUUAUUGCCACAACCAUCAAGACAGGAGAAACUGUGAUCAUUAUCAAAGGAACAAUCGACGGACACGAAGCCAAACUACUCCUCGACUCAGGAGCAUCGACAAAUUACAUUAGCGAAGCAUACGUCAGGAAAAACAGGAUCCAAACGUACGAAACAAACCUAUGGCAUACUGUACAAAAUUUUGAAGGACAAAUCACGAUCGAAGGAUUCGUACGACGAACUGAAAACAUCACAAUCAAAUCAGGAGAACACGAAGAAGGCAUCCAACUGGAUUUAAGUCCGUUCGAGCGAAAGGAUUUCGACGUUAUACUCGGAAUGACAUGGCUACGGAAACAUAAUCCUGUCAUUGACUGGAAACACGAGACAGUGUCAAUAGACCUGAAGAUGCUACAAACAGAGCAAAUGGGGAUCAAACCGGACCAGCAGUUGAGGGUGAAACAUGCUGAAGAAAUAAACGAAAUAGGCCGACAAAUUGAAACACGAAGGAAACCAAAAGAAAUCUACAAAAAGGAACUGAAGGAAGCGCUCGACAAGCUACCAGAAAAAUAUCGAAACUUUACCGAAUUAUUUGUGAAAAAAGAAUAUCGACUACCACAACACGAAAAAGAAUAUGAAGCAGAGAUACCUCUCAAAGCAGGAGCACAGGUGCCACAAGUGAAGCAACGACAAAUCUCACAAGAUGAACUCCGAACUACUAAGGAAUUCAUUGAGAAAUUCUUAGCAGCCGGUUACAUCAGAGAAUCAAAAGCAAAGGCUUCUGCACAAGCAAUGUUUGUACCAAAACGCGACGGAUCACCACGAAUGGUCAUCGACUACCGAAAAUUAAAUAACAUGACCGAAGACGACGCAAACAAAGCGCCACAUCAGGAACAGAAGAGAGAUUUAUUGCAAGGUGCAAAAAUCAUGACAAUGUUCGACGUUGAAUGGGGAUACUACAACCUACGAAUGAAAAAUGACGACAUCUGGAAAACAGCAUUCCUUACAGACUUGGGACUGUACGAAUGGCUAGUAGCGCCUAUGGGACUCAAACGGCUACCAGCAGAAUUCGCGAGGUUUAUGACCCACAUCCUACGAGAAUACCUUAACCUCUUCGUUGCAGUAUACUUCGAUGAUGUUAUAGUCUACUCAAAAGACCCGAAGGAACACGAUAACCAUGUACGACUGGUUAUGACAAAACUUAUGGAAGCAGGAUUGACUCUCAAAAUCAAGAAGUGUGAAUUCGACACCACACGAGUCAACUACCUAGGAAUGGUAUAUACAACAAACGGACUAGAGAUACCGAAAGAAAAAUUAGACGCUAUCCUCGAAUGGCCAACUCCAACGAACGUCCACGACGUACAAUCUUUUCUUGGAGCCAGCGGAUACGUUCGACGAUAUCUUGAGAAAUACUCAGACGUUACAACACCAAUGACAGAAUUGCUGAAAAAAGACGAACCAUUUGAUUGGACAGCAAGGAGACAACGAUCUUUUGAAAACGUUAAAGAACUCGUUAAAAUUGCGCCAAUCUUACAACUAUUUAACCCAGAAUUACAAAGCAUUCUACGAACAGACGCAUCUGGAUAUGCUCUUGGAGCAAUCCAUGAACAAAUCAAUGAAAAGGGAGAAACGCAGAUUGUCGCAUUCUACUCGAGAAAGUUUACAUCGGCGGAAGUUAACUACGACGUUCACGACCGAGAAUUACUCGCGAUAGUUCAAGCAUUUCGACAAUGGCGACACUAUCUCCAAGGAGCGAAACAUGAAGUAAUCGUCAAAAGCGAUCAUCACAAUUUGAAGUACUUUACGACAACAAAAGAAUUAUCUGGAAGACAAAUACGAUGGGCCGAAGAACUAGCCAAAUUCAAUUACAGGAUUGAACAUAUUCCAGGAAAACAAAAUGCAGCCGCAGACGCAUUAAGCAGACGACCAGAUUACGCGAUCGGGAUAGAACCCCCCAAGACAAACAUUCUGCAAGAAGAAUCAGGAGUUCUACGCCACAAUCACAAUGCAAUCAUUGCGACCGCAAUAAGAGUUGUUGACGAUGAUCCAUUCUACGAACGAAUGCAUCAGGAAACCAACAAGGAUCAAAAAAUACAAGAAGAAUUACAAGCCGGACAAGUUACGAAAAAUGUUCAGAAAGGCUUAGCGAUAUGGAAUGGAAUGAUCAGAGUACCGCAGAAUAUGACUACGGAAGUCAUUCAGCGCUACCACGAUCCUCCAACAAAAGGACACCAAGGAGUUGAAAGGACAAUCGAAAUGAUUACCCGAACAUUCUACUUUCCUUAUGUCCGAAAAAGGGUUGAGAAUUACAUCAGAAACUGCGACGAAUGCAACAGAAACAAAGCAGUACACCACAAACCCUUUGGAAAAAUGCAAAUACCGGAAGUACCAGAAGAAGCAUGGAAAAGUAUCACUGUUGACUUUAUCCAAGGACUACCGCAGUCCAAGGACCCAGUAACAGGAGUUACCUACACCGAUGCCAUAAUAACAGUCGACCGACUUACGAAAUAUGUUAUCCUAGAACCAACACCAAAGGAUAUGACAGCAGAACAAUGUGCAAAACUUAUGUUACGAAAAGUUUUUGUAUGGACCGGAUUACCAAACGAACUCAUCACGGACCGAGACAAGUUGUUCACAUCCAAAUAUUGGCAGACAAUUGCAAAAGCAUGCGGAAUGCAUCACAAACUAUCAACCGCGAAUCACCAACAGACUGAUGGCCAGUCUGAAAGAAUGAUUCAAACAGUUGAACAGUAUUUUCGACACUAUUUAGACUGGGAACAAGAUAACUGGGUAGAACUACUACCAUUAGCACAGUUCGCAUUAAACAAUGCAGAAAACGCUACGACGAAACAAGUUCCACAUUUUGCAAAUCUUGGACGACACCCAAGAAUGACAUGGUCUGAAGUACCACGAGAAGGAUUAUCCGAAGCCGCGAUAAUACAAGCCAACAAACUACAGGCACUCCAUCAGACAAUAUCGAAAGACAUCAAGUGGGCUGAAAACCGAAUGAAGACCUACUACGACAAGAAGCGCGAGGACGCGCCAAUCCUCAAAAAGGGGGAGAAAGUUUACUUACUACGACGAACAAUUGGACAGAAAAAUUUCAACAUUCCAAGCAAGAGACCAAGCAACAAACUUGACGCUAUCAAAUACGGACCUUUCACGAUUCAAGAAAAACUCGCCAACGACAAUUACAAACUCCGACUACCAGCAAGAAUGAAAGUGCACCCAGUAUUUCACAUCUCAUUAUUGGAACCAACCGAAAACCCAGAAAACAGUAACGACGAAGCAACCGAGGAUGAAUAUGAAGUUGAAAACAUUCUGAAGAGAAAUCAGCUGGAAAGGAUACGGACCUGA